AUGGCAUCAGCAAACCUACACAGCCCUCUAGCAGAUCUAGGGAUAAUUCCAGAGACGUUGCAAACCGUGAUUCCUGAGAUUCUCAGAGAACUGAAGCACCUAGAUUUAACUGGACAAGUUGCCUUCCACGAGGGCAAGGUGAUUGGAUGUGGUGCAUAUGGAGAUAUCAGUAGUGCUGCAUGCAACCUUGCAAGCCGUGGGACAAUCAAAGUAGCUGUAAAGCGCUUGCGAUUCUACAUGCAGGAGGACGUCAAACUUCUUUUCGAAAAGGAGAUCUACGUAUGGUCAAAAUUAAGCCAUCCCAAUGUUCUGCCACUGCUAGGAUACGCUUUUGAUCAAUUAACCGGAUGUCCAUUACUUGUUUCUGAAUGGAUGCAGAAAGGAUCAGCAUGGACAUGCGUCAAUUCAAAGCCGGAUUGUAAUUUGUUGCAAUUGAUAACUGGUGUUGCCAAGGGCCUUGCUUAUCUGCACGAGAGGGGCGUUGUUCACUCGGAUGUUAAAUCUGACAAUAUUGUUGUGUCAGAGUCCGAAGACGCUCUCAUAUGUGAUUUUGGGUGUUCUCGGAUGAUUGAUGCGAGCCGAAGUCUGGCAAAUUUAAGUACUGGGAUAAAGGGAACAGUCCGAUACACGGCAUAUGAAGUACUUGUACACUCGACCCAAUACAGUAGGGAAUCAGACGUCUGGGCUUUCGGAAUGACAGUAUAUGAACUGUGGGCUCGCAAACGACCUUAUAAUCAGCUCAAAGAAUUACAAGUAAUGCAGGCAAUCAGCCGCCACAAGCUUCCAACUUUCCUUCGAAUGCGGAGACUUUUGACAAUGACGACUUUAAUAGUAUGA